AUGGCUUCCUCCGGUGCGGCGAACCUGCUGCGGCGCCAGCUCAAGCAGAUGCAGACCGAUAAGGACAUUCCGGGCAUCUCCUGCGGCCUCACCGACGCCAACAAUAUUUUUGAGUGGAUGGUCAUGCUCAUGAUCAGCGACGACGUCAAAUACUACGGUGGCGGAAACUUUCGCGCCAUCCUCUCUUUCCCGCCCGAGUACCCGUUGCUGCCGCCCGUCCUCAAGUUCCAGGAUCCGAUACCCUUCCACCCCAACGUGUACCCCAAUGGCGAACUCUGCAUCUCGAUUCUGCACCCGCCCGAGGAAGACAAGUACGGCUACGAGGCGGCGAGUGAGCGUUGGUCGCCCGUGCAGACGCCCGAGACGAUUUUGCUGAGCGUGAUAAGCUUGCUGGCCAGCCCCAACGACGAGAGCCCUGCAGACCUGGACGCAGCACAGAUGUGGCGCGACGAAGUGGCCGGCAAGAACAAGGACUUUCGGAAGCGGGUGCGGCAGUGUGUCCGCCAAAGUCUCGGGGAGGAAUAG